UUGAUAACAAGUGCUGUCGAACAAUACAGUAGGUUGCAUGUUGUUAUCAGUGGGUGUGUGAUAACAGCGGCAGUGAGCCGAGUGGCAUAGUAGAGUAAACGAAUGACGGGGCGUGCAGGCGGUAGCAGUGGUGACACCGGCAGCUGACAGUGACAGUGAUAACAGUGACAGUGAUUACAGUGAUAGUGCCAGGAUGACUAUCAGGCACAAAUACAGGACCGCGAAGAUAAAGGCUCGCAGGAUGGUGGACAAACUUCACGAGUACCAGGGCUGUCUGGGCCGCCUUCACUCAUUCCGGGACUCGUGCAGAGCGCGCUGGCAAGAACACCAAGAAGGUGAUGCCACUUUCGCAGACAAGGUCAAGAGUUACCUGAGGGGUGACAAAGACCAGAACCAAGCACAACAGGCUGAUUACUCGCACAUUUACAGGCGCAAGACACGAGGGGAGUUGGUGCGGGUCUCCGCUGCAGUCAUGGGGAUAGAGUUCUCAUACGCAGCGGAGACAGCCUUCGUCUCUCCUACCCUCCUCAAGAUAGGGGUUGACCACCAGCGUAUGACCAUGGUGUGGGCAUUGUCACCUCUGGUGGGUUUCUUCCUCAACCCGAUCCUCGGAGCCAUGAGUGACCGAUGCCGGCUGCCCUGUGGGCGACGUAGACCUUUCAUCGUCCUACUGGCCCUUGGAGUUCUAAUAGGUCUAAUACUAGUACCAAACGGAGAACGUAUGGGGCAUGCCAUGGGAGACUUCUACCCUUCCUUGGAUCUGCCUCGCAACCAGACGACCAGCUUUGAUGGUAAACGGCUGGUGUCUAAUGUGUCAGACGCAGACUAUCCCCACCCCUGGGGGAUAUUCUUCACCAUACUUGGCACUGUACUACUGGACUUUGACGCCGACGCUUGUCAGAGUCCAGCUCGUGCCUACUUACUUGAUGUGUGUGUUGCAGAGGACCAUGCACGGGGUCUGAGCACAUUCACUAUCAUGGCAGGUCUUGGAGGAUUCAUGGGAUACGCUCUUGGUGGAAUAAAUUGGGAUAAUACAUUCAUCGGUGAGAUGCUGGGAGGCCAUGUCAGGGCAGUGUUUACCCUCAUCACCUACAUCUUCAUCGUCUGUGUCGCCUACACAGUGACCAGUUUCAAGGAAAUUCCUCUCGAUCUAGUCGAGAACUCUGAUUAUCUAAAAGCACCCAAACAGAGCAGCAACCCUGAAGAUGUUGAAUCUCAACCCUUACAACAAGGCAAGUCAAAGUACGGGUCAACACAAGAUCCAUCUACUACUCCCAGCUACCAGGAAACAAAUGUGGACUCUAUAGCUGCCGCUGAUGACGGAAAUGCUGCCAACGGUCAUGUUAACAACACGGAAGGCAAGAAACCUAUGGAGCCCUUGUUCAUUGAUGAGAUACCAACUGCAACCUUUAGCCAGUACCUAAUGUCCAUCGUGAUCAUGCCUUGGUCCCUGAGGAUGCUGUGUCUCACCAACCUCUUCUGCUGGAUGGCACACGUCUGUUACUCUCUCUACUUCACUGACUUCGUGGGGGAAGCUGUCUUCGAUGGAGAUCCAAAGGCACCCGAGGGUACUGAGCUGCGGGAACUGUAUGAAGAAGGAGUCAGGUUCGGCUGUUGGGGGAUGUCUAUGUACUCUUUAUCUUGUGCCUGUUACUCUUCCAUCAUCGAGAAGCUGAUAAAGAAGUACAAAGCAAAGAACGUGUACGUGGGCGGCCUGCUGUUCUACUCGGUUGGUAUGUUCUUGAUGGCAGUUCUCAAACACAAGAUCGGAGUAAUCGUGUUCUCCUGGACAGCUGGUGUAAUGUACUCAACCCUCUUCACCAUGCCCUACCUGCUCAUUGCGCACUAUCAUGAACACAACUGCUUCGAAGUGGAUGCAAGUGGUGACAACGUACAGGCAAGCCAAGUGCGAGGCUUGGGUACUGAUGUGGCCAUCGUUAGCUCCAUGGUGUUCCUGGCUCAGUUCUCCUUGUCCAUCUGCAUGGGCAGCGUAGUCAGCUGGGCAGGCACCACCACAGCCGUGGCUGCUGUUGCAGCUUUCUUAGCAUUUUGUGGUGCCAUUGCCGCCACCCAAGUCAUGUAUCUGGAUCUGUAACUGUUAAAUAUAGUUUGAGUAUUUGUGUCUCA